GAUAAAGAACAGUGUUAUAGGAAGGCAACCCUCCCAGAAACUGUUGGAUUCUGCUAGAGUUCACAGCGAACUCUAGCAGUUUAGAUUGAGAGAUUAGAGAGAGAUAAUUUGGGAUGAAAGCGAAGUAGAACUUUUUAUUGAUUUUCUGAAUGCUUAUUUUUUGGGACAAGUUUUGAAGAAAGUACGCAAGGGGAAUGUUUCAUCGAACCUUUUAAAUGGUGCGGAAACAACAAUAAAUAUGAUAACUGAUGAUUCUGGUGGCAAUGGGGAAAAGCAGGACAAGACAUGAGACUUUGACACUAUUGCCAAAAGCAAGGAAGGAAGAGUCGCUGAAUCAUUUCUGCCGGUUUCAGAGUAAUUCUCAAAAGGUGAAAGGAGAGCCAAACAUAUCUUAUAUAUGCUCCAGAUACUAUCGUGCACCGGAACUGAUAUUCGGAGCAACUGAGUACUCAACUGCAAUUGACAUCUGGUCUAGGAGUUGUGUUCUUGCUGAACUGCUGCUUGGACAACCUUUAUUCCCUGGUGAGAGCGGAGUCGACCAGCUUGUGGAGAUUAUCAAGGUAGGAUUUAAUUCACUGUACUUUGCUCGAAUUGAUUACCAAGAUAGAGAAAAAAGAAAAGAUGAGAAAACUCUUGAGGUGCUACGGCGUGGUUCUAGAUCGCUUGGUUCUACCUCACAGAUCACUGGUAUAUUCCCCACACAUUAUAACCCGCCUGAUGGAUUUCAGUUUGAAGUAAAUGACGUGUCUCCUCCUAUUCAGGAUGAUCCGCUUCUAUCUGAGUAUACUGUCCAAGAGCGAGUCAAUGACUUUGUUGCUGCAGCCAUAUCACAGGCGACUCUAUUCUGCCGAGUUCUUCAUUGUGCUUUCUCAUUAUAAGAAAAUUUGAUAAAGAACAGUGUUAUAGGAAGGCAACCCUCCCAGAAACUGUUGGAUUCUGCUAGAGUUCACAGCGAACUCUAGCAGUUUAGAUUGAGAGAUUAGAGAGAGAUAAUUUGGGAUGAAAGUGAAGUAGAACUUUUUAUUGAUUUUCUGAAUGCUUAUUUUUUGGGACAAGUUUUGAAGAAAGUACGCAAGGGGAAUGUUUCAUCGAACCUUUUAAAUGGUGCGGAAACAACAAUAAAUAUGAUAACUGAUGAUUCUGGUGGCAAUGGGGAAAAGCAGGACAAGACAUGAGACUUUGACACUAUUGCCAAAAGCAAGGUCGGUUUCCUCCCCUUUCUGGUUGCGUAAAAGUGAAUACGGAUGCAGAUAUUAUGGCUGAUUGUGGAGUGGGUAUGGGGGCUGUUUUUCGGGACUGUGAGGGUGCCAUUCUUGCUGCAGCUGUAAGGAGAACUGUCGCGAGAUGGGAACCCAAACAGGCUGAAGUUUCUGCUGUUCGUUUUGGCAUUCAGUAUUGCAGCUGGGGUAUAACAGAGUAGUAGUGGAAUGUGAUGCAGUAAAUGUCGUUCGAAGUAUUAAUCAUAAAAUGGAGGGACUUUCACCACUUAUGCUGUACUACGAGGACAUUGGUAGGAUGAAGGGUGAUUUCAUUUCUUUUACUUGUUGUCAUGUACGUAGAGCCGGAAACACGUUAAGAUGGAAUCCAAACGGUGAUGAGUAUGUAUGGCUUGAAAAUUUUCCGCAAAGCUUAAUCUCUUUGGCGGUCCUUGAUUUAAUUUAAUAAAAUGCCGGCCUAAUGUUUCAUUUUCCGCGGAGAUACCUGGACCUUUUUUUAAUAAUGUUCAUGUAUGAUUGAAUUUGCUGAUCUAAAAGUUAUCUCAUUAUGCAAAGAUUGUAGAUUGAAUAAGUGUUUGCUUGAUAUACCUUGAAAAAUAUAAUUUAAGUGAUUCAAAUGAUUAUUGUUGUUAAUUUUCCUUGAAUUUAAAAUGUGUUCAUCAUGCUUUGUAUAUAUAUAU